AUGACAUACGUGAGCAGCAGGGCAGUACCACACGAUGGCGCUUAUCUGCCACCAAUUCUAAACAUUAAAUGUUUCUCCUGCCGCUCAACCCUCAGCUCAGUCUGUCAUUGGUGUGCAAAAGGACGCAAACGCCCCCUUCUCGACGUUACUUGUUACAACCUAGAAGAAGGCAAGACCAUCACCAGUAUCUUUCUAGACCUGAGUAAAGCCUUCGACAGUCUUGACCAUAACCUAAUCUUAACCAAACUACGAUCUCUAGGCAUUCAACAGUCAGCUCUGGAAUGGUUUGAGAGUGAAAGAUGCCAAGUUGUGGAGGUCAAACAGAGAAGAAAUGGAGACAUCUGUUCUGUCAGUGGUUUCAUGGGAACAGAAGGAGAGGUCAGGGUCGGCCUCUGUCUACAAAUGAAGCUGACAACCGAUUUUUAA